CAUCAUAAUCAUCAUCAACAGCGGCCAUCCAUCGCCAUCACCAACUCGCGCGCUAACGGCGCUACGCCGGCUCGCGACCACCGCAAAAUUACCAGCAGCUUCCUGUAAAAUGUCGUCGACACACUCCCAAAUUCAGCAACAUCCCUUCGCCGGUAACGACACCAACAUGCAAGCGCAGCAGUCUCUCCAGAAAAGGUACAUAAUCGGAUUCGAGCACGUAGGCUUAACCGACUGGACCGAGGUUGAGUUCGCCAGCCCCAUACCUCGGUUCACGUCGUGCCUCGUAUGCGGGUCUAUAGCCUCCGAAAUGCUUUGGGGCAGAUGCUGGCACGUCUUCUGCCACCUUUGCGCCAGUAUCACUUCGCAGGACGGUGUCCUCAAUUGUCCUCUCGACGGUGUACAGACUCGUGAGGACGCCUUGCACAGGGACAAUGUCGCCACGGAAGUUCUGCUGGCGUUCCGCGUGUACUGUCCAAACAGGACGCAAGGAUGUGAUUACAUUGGGCCCAUGGAGAAGUUAAAGGACCACACGCGCAUCUGUGGCUUUUACAACAUCCAGUGUCAGAUGUGUGGCUAUUAUUUGAAGCGGUUCCAGCUGAGGGAACACGCGGCACGGAUAUGUCCCGUACCAGAAGGUACCGAGAGUUUGCGUCAAGUGCAGAAGAAUGUCGCGAAGCAAGGACAUCAACUUUAUCCCGAAGUACCCAGGGAAAGUCGCAGUGACCAACAGGCAGACGACAUGACGCCAUCAGCGCCUGCGUCUAGGAUGGCAGUCAUUUUCAACGGAAACAGCAAAACGUACGACAUCUUGAACAUGGUGAAUACCAUGAAAGACAUGUGCCGAGAGUAUGAGGACCUGAAGAACUCGUUGAACAUCAUGCGAGAAGACGUCUUUGCAAGCGUUACUCAGCUCAAAUUGGACGUGGACGGUAUUCAAGGCAAGAUUAAAUCUGAGAAUGAAGGAUGGAAGGACGCGCUGCUAGCCGAUAUGAAGGUGUUAAAGGACAUGUUACCGAACAGGGUUUACGAGUGGCGCGUCUGGCCCUACUCAAAGCUGAAGAAAAACGUACUCAGCAAGAAGGGACUUAUAAAAAGCGAAGCAUUCUACAUCGGUCAUCAAGGAUAUCACAUGGCGGUCUCUGGAAGUCUCGGCCCUGACCCUUCCAGUGGGGCCCCCUCUUUCCUCGCGUAUAUCCAUAUUCGGAAGGGAAUCUUUGACCCUAUGUUGGAGUGGCCCUACAAGAAAUUGACGACGCUCAAGUUAGUGAACAACAACGAGAACGGUACGGACAAAAUUGUCACCGUGGACCCGAAAGCCGUUUGUGCUGAUGAGCUAGACAGCUUUGAACGCCCUCGAAGUGACAUGAACGUUGGCUACGGUUUUUCUCUGGUGACCAUGAAUGAACUGGAACGUUUGGAUAAAGGCUACCUCAGGGAUGAUGCGUUCACGGUUAAGAUCAGUGUGGAGUUACCGUGACACGAACCGAAAUCGUCGGCGGGGCGCUGGUCUCUGGGAAAUUGGAAGAGCCUUCGUAAAAUGGGCGGGAAAAUUGGUGGAAGCGACACCGGGAAUAAAAAUGUUGAGGGUCCCGUA